CGAAAAAAAAUAUUUUGUCAAUAUUUGGUCUUUGUGUGACUGGUUACUUUAUGUUAUAACCUAAAAGUUUUUUGAAAUUUGAUCUUGAUCUUUAAUGCUGAUAACAUAAAAUCUUAAUAAUAAUUAACAUUUCUACAUUUUUAAAAUUUAUUCAGUAUAUUUUCUGUAAUAUUAAUAUAGUUUAUAAUAUUUAUUUAAAAAUUACCUAGUAAUAUGGCUACACAUUAUUUAAGUGAGUACUUUUGGUAAUUAUUCUUAAUUUAUUCUUAAAAUGAGUAUGUGUAAACAAUAAAUACAUUUAAAAGUUAUUCAAUUGUUUUAUAAAUGAUUUCAUUAGUCACCUUAACACAAAUAAUAUUUAUAUGUAUUAAUUUGUUUUGCAUGUGAUUAAAAGGUUUUUGACAAAUUGUACAAGUAUUAAAUUAUAAUUUCAACUUAAUAUCGUGUUGAUAUAAUGAAAUGUUUUGUUGUAAAUAAAUAAAAUAAUACAAUUAGUUUUUUUUUUAUAUCAAAUAGGUUAUUGUUUUAUUAUAACUUGGUACAUAUGUGAAUAGACUUAAGUUGCUGGUUAUAAUUAAAUGUAUACUUACCCUCACAAUAAAUAUUAAUACCAUUGACUUAUAAAACAUAUUCUUUCAAAAUUUUAAAAUAUUUUAAGUUGCAAAAUAAAAGUUUAUUACUUUUUUAUUGAACAGAUUAUGUUUUUUAUUUUUAACUAUUAGAAUGUAUUUCAUCACUGGUUCUACUAGGUUUAAAAUUGCUCAUAAUAAAUGUCUGACCAUAAAGUAUCUUUUUGUUUCUCUGACAAUUUUGGUAAUAAGGUCCACACAAAUUUAAAAUUGAAAUAUUUUAUUCUAGGAAAAGCUUUUAGUAAAAAUCUUCCGAAUCAUAUAAAAAGUCGAAUUUGUGUAUCAUAUUUAUCAACAUUACCCAAAAUGCAACAUGAAGAUGUACAAUCUUCUUAUGAAGGUAAGUUUUAUUCAGUUUAAAUAUUCUAUAACUAUAUUAAAUUUUUAAUUGUUUACUUUAGAGUCCAAAUUUAAGUUGUCUGUCCCAGAUGCGUUUGAUGUGAACCGUAUGGUUAAAAUAAAAAACUUGUUUGAAGCCGGAGUACAUUUUGGACAUACAGAAGGUACAUUAGAUGAUAGAAUGAAGCCAUAUUUAUAUGGUACCAGAUUGGGCCAUCUCAUUAUUAAUUUAAAUGAUACUAAAAGACUUUUACAACAAGCUCUCAAUGUGAUUGCACAUAUAUCAUAUAGGUAAAUAUGUUUAAUACAUAUAACAUUAUAAUAUAAUUAAAUAAUAACUUACCUUUUACCUUUUAUUUAUAUUUUGCAAUUAUGUUUAGGGGUGGAGUUAUAUUAUUUUUAUGUCAAUCGCCUCUCAAUUGUUUAACUGUUGAAAAUUGUGCUAAAGAAUGUGGUGAAUACGCUCAUACAAGAUAUUGGCGUAGUGGCAUGUUUACAAACUCUUCUAGAAUUUUCAAAUCCGAAACAAGAUUACCGGAUUUAUGCAUAGUGUUAAAUACUUUAAGUAGUACUACUAAAAGCAAUGGCGGGCAACAUAGUGUCCUAUCUGAUGCUGCAAAAAUGUUAAUACCAACUAUAGCUAUUGUAGAUACAGACACCAAUCCCAAUUUGGUUACAUACCCAAUUCCAGGUAAUGAUGAUACACCAAGUGCUAUAACACUAUAUUGUGAUUUAUUUAAGAAUGUAAUUCUAAAAGCUAAAGAUGUUAGAAAAAAUGUUUUGAACAAUAAAAAUAAUAUGAUUGAAGCAUAAAAAAUAUGAAUAUAUAUAUAUGUAAAAAUAAUUUAUUAGAAUAAAGGACAUUGAUAACACAAUAUUUAGAUAAAUUUUAAUUCAAGUACAUAGUUUAUUGAUUGUCCCUCAAUUUUUGUGCGAUUUUGUAGCCAUAGAGUUCAUAAAGUCUGUAAACAAAAUAAUAUUUGAAAUAGACAAAGCCAUUGACUAUGCAAACCGGAGUUAAACUAGUAAUUCUUGCAAUUUUAACUUAGAUUGUAAACAAUUAUUAUUAUUAUUAUUAUUAA